AUGGCAAACUCAGACACACCUCCGUCCAGGAACGCAUCGCCUGCGGACAGGCCCAUGCCUUCGAAGAAGAGAGACAGCGAAGCCAUGUCAGACAGCAAGCCUAAACGGACGCGCACAGGGUGUCUGACGUGCAGAGAGAGGCAUCUCAAGUGCGACGAGACCAAGCCAACCUGCAACAACUGCUCAAAGUCACAGCGCGACUGCAGCUGGGGCAAGAAGCUCAACUUCCUCGACACCACUUGCGAAAGAAAUGCAUACUUGAUACCUCAAGGAACCAAUUACUGCAUUGCCUUCCAGGACGAAUCGCGCAUCAUUGCCGGCGAGUACGUGGGAGGACGAGAGAUGUACCCGGUGGAAGAAGCGGACAUACCCAUGCCAAUGGGCAACAACAACUUUGACAUGGGCCCACCAGACAGUCUGGUUCUUCCCUCGACAACAAGACAGCCUCUUCCGCCAAUACAGGGCAUGGCUCAGGAGUCAUAUCAGCAGGCGCAGCAUGCUUACAACUUCGAUCACCAGCGAGCGCCGUCUCAGCAGCACGCGCGUUCCCAAUCGAACUUCUCGAACCCAACCCCGUCUCCGUACUCUAUACAUUCCGUCAGCCCGGCACCUGCCUUGACGCGCGACUACCUCAAGAGCCAAGAGGAGGUGCUUUACAUGCAAGUGUUCGUGGAAGAAAUAGGCAUAUGGAUGGACAGUAUGGACGCGCAGAAACACUUUUCUCGACUGCUUCCAUUCCAUGCGCUGCAUGAACCCAUGCUUCUCAAUGCCUUCUUGGCUUGUGGCGCACGACAUCUAGCUCUCGUAAAUCCAAAAUACAGCGAGGAGAAGGCGCUGCACUACUACGAUAUCGCGACACGAGACCUACUACACUCCUUGCAGGAUCCAGACCGGGACACAAUCCUAUGCGCGACCACCGCGGUCAUCCUGAAUGUAUACGAGAUAAUGGGCGAGCGGGCUUUGCAGCGGAUGAAUCACAUUGCUGGUGCUCGCGCCCUCAUCAAAGAGUGUCGCUGGAACGCGAAGGCGACUGGGAUUGGGGCAGCAUGCUUCUGGCUUAAUGUCGGCAUGGAGCUCCUCAGCUGUUUACACUUCAAUUGGCAAGUCGCUUGGGAUCCAGAGGAUUGGUGCAUCGAUAUGGACCUAACACCCGAAACCGAGUCUGGGAAGGAAGAAGUUUGGACACACCGGAUCUUAUACGUUGUCGCUAAGAUUUGCAACUUUCGCGCUUCGAUCCCUCGGAAUCAGGAAGUCGCACGACAAACACUACACGAUCGACACACCGAGUGGCUCCGUCUGAAGGAGAUGGUGGAGCGAUGGAAUGAGAACAUCCCUCGGACGAUGCAUCCAAUGGCUUAUCUCUAUCCUGGCCAAACCAUAUCCGGAUCCGCUUUCCCAGAAGUAUGGCUCAUCAAGAGAGCCUCCGUAAUAGCAAGGCUUUUCUACCACACGUCUCUCGUCCUGCUCGCGCAGAUCAACCCCAUCCAAGGAUCCAACGAACCAGAAAUGUGGGCCAUGCUCGAGCAAAACUCAAAAUUCAUCUGCGGCAUCAGUGCUCACGUCAAGGACCGCGGCGUAGCAAGCGUCGCCCUUCGCUCCCUCGCCAUCGCAGCAGAAUGCCUCACAGACCGUCGAGAACAAGAAGAAGUCCUCCAGAUCUUCGACAAGAUCCGACAGGAAACAGGGUGGCGCGUGGGUUUCGUCAAUACCGAGUUGCGACAGAAAUGGGGUUGGGAUACGCCGCAAGCACAAGAGCAACAGUUGAUACAAAACGGGAACGCACAACAGCAGCAGCAACAACAGCAGCAGCAGCAACAGCAGCAACAGCAGCAACAACAGCAAGCGCGACAGCAAGCGCAACAACAAGCCCAGCAACAGGCUCAACAACAGGCUCAACAGCAAGCCCAACAGCAAGCCCAACAAGCCCAGCUCGCCGUCCAACAACUCCCCCCAACACAACCCCCUCCAGCCCGCACAAGACCCGGCUUCGGAAACCCGCUCCUAGUCGCAGAUUUCAACAUGCCGCAACACCCCUACCAGUCACACUACGUCCCCGCAAACAUCAUCCAGCAACAGCAGCAGCAACCCGCGCUCCUCCAAACCGCCCUCACAGAGUACAACGGGCAGCAUUUCUACUAG